UUAAUACACGAACUACACUUGUCGUCUCAUCAUCUAAAAAGAGGUUAAAACUAGUGCGUUUUUAAUAGUUAAGUUUCGGUUUCUGACGAAAUUCAUUCCCGGAACGGUUUCCCUUUCAAAAUUCAAUUACUUUCUAAUAUUUCUUGGACCUGGUUUUAAACCGAAUUUUUAAAUCUAAAUAAGCUUUAUUUCAGUUGUGUUUGUUCGUUUGAAACGUGACGAUAUUUAAAACUAUAACGAGUAUAAUGUGUUAUAUCGAGUUUCCAUCUAAGAAAAUCUAAUUGAAGUGUAUGACUUUUUUCAAUUAUUAAUUAAUAACUUUAAAAAUAAAUUAAAGAAGUGAUUAGUUUUUGCAAUAAUGUGGGAAACACAGAGUGGUUUUAAUUCUAAUCCGGUCUCCAGACAACCCUCUAAUAUUGAAGGAAGAAAGGGUGGGUUUCUGGGGUUAAAUAAAAAAUGGGUGCAGCGACCUGCAUCUUGGGCAGGAGCCAAACCUGAAAUUUUACCUUAUUUAUACAGACAAAAUGGGAUGAGAAAUGACGUCAUUGGAAGUGGGACUUUUAAGGUCGAUCCCGAACUUAUAUUCACUAAACAAGAACGAAUAGGUAAAGGAUCUUUCGGGGAAGUCUUCAAAGGGUUCGAUAAGAGAACCACCCAAGUGGUUGCCAUUAAAAUCAUCGACCUUGAAGAGGCUGAAGAUGAAAUUGAGGAUAUCCAGCAAGAGAUUAUGGUUUUGUCGCAAUGCGACAGUCCUUUUGUUACGAAAUAUUUUGGAUCUUACCUAAAGGGUACAAAACUAUGGAUUAUUAUGGAAUAUUUGGGUGGUGGUUCAGCCUUAGAUUUAAUGAAAGCGGGAAAUUUCGAAGAAAUGCACAUAGCGAUUAUUCUUCGUGAAGUACUCAAAGGAUUAGAUUAUUUACAUAGCGAAAGAAAAUUACACAGGGAUAUUAAAGCGGCUAAUGUAUUACUAAGCGAAAUGGGUGAUGUUAAAUUAGCUGAUUUCGGCGUUGCCGGCCAAUUAACGAAUACCACGAGUAAAAGAAAUACUUUUGUUGGUACUCCGUUUUGGAUGGCGCCAGAGGUUAUUAAACAAUCCGCUUACGAUUCUAAAGCGGAUAUUUGGAGUUUGGGAAUUACAGCCAUAGAACUUGCUAAAGGAGAACCACCUAAUUCCGAAUUACAUCCGAUGCGAGUACUUUUUCUUAUUCCCAAAAAUAAUCCACCUCAACUUAGCGGCGAUUACUCCAAAUAUUUUAAAGAUUUCGUUGAAGCAUGUUUAAAUAAAGAUCCACAAAAUAGACCCACAGCAAAGGAAUUGUUGAAAUUUCCUUUUAUAAAAAAAGCAAAGAAAAACUCUUAUUUAAUAGAUCUUAUCGAUAGGUAUAAGAAAUGGAAAUCACAAAGAAGUGAAGAAAGUGAAACAGAAUCCGAACAUUCAGAUCCUGAGGACUCAAAACCAGAAAGUGAUAUCGACGAUCCAUGGAUAAUGACUGUAAAAGGAAAUAAUAUAAUGAUGAAAUCUGAAGAUUCUGGGAAUCACACAAGCGUUCCUCCGCAUGUUUUACAACAGAAAAGCCCUCCAAAAGAUUCAAAUUUGAAUCAUUACCGACCUGAUAAACCAACUCCUUCAAAAAUUCAAAAUGCGCUAUCCGUCGAUAACCGCAAAGAUCUCGAUCGAGAUAUGAAACGAAAAUCGAAAAUUAUACAGAAAGAAAUUGGCCCAUUGGAUCAUCGGGACGUUUUAGAAGAGAUCAAAGCUAAUAGAAAAUCGUUGACGCGAGAUAUUCCGAUUCAAGGGAAAAAUAUAACGGAAAGGAGGCCUUCGUGUUUGUCUAGUAUUAUUUAUCCAAUUAUAACCGAAUUACAAAGGAAGUAUCAUAGUAAUGGUAGGACAUCAGAAAUGUCUCAUAAAAACGCCGAUCCUAUUGAAGAACUGAAGAACGCUUUUGAGUUAGCAGAACGAUCCAGUCCCGGCAUUGGAGAGGCGUUUAUUGGGGAUAUGGUACAGAAAUUAGUGCCAUCUAUUAGUGAACAGAGACUUAAAAAUGUUAUGGAUAAAAUGACAAGGAACACAUCAUAGAUUGUCGUACUCGACUGCAAGCGAACAAAUUUAGAGAAAAAUAACAAGAAAAUAUAUUUAACCCAUGCAUAGGUCAAAAAAAAAAGUAUAAGAAGAAAUAACUUAAAAAAUAAGCUACAUAAAUUUACUGAUGGUACUGUUGUCGAAAAUGACACUCACUAACUUGUUGUCUACUGUUUUCUAUAGGUUGUUGAAUAAAAAAAGAAAGCCGUUGCUCACCCAUACAGUAAAAAAACUAACUACAUGA